CAGCAUCGGCGAGAGACGAGUCGCUCAAAUUAAUUUAUAGUUUUUUUGUUUAUUUAUUUUUACCAAAAUUAAUAAUCAUUAUUUUAUAUUUGUCUUUGUUGAUUACGUAAAGUCGCACUAAUAACAAAUAGGCGCAAAACAAAAAUAUCUACGAGCUCAAAUAAAACAAAAGCAAUAUCCAUAGCGUGAAAAAAUGGUUUAUGUGUUCCUUAGUGUUGCGGGAAAUUACGUGUCAUUACCCGGUGCUGGAACUAGUCCAACUGAGCAGCAAACUAUACUUCAAGUGCUCAACAAUAAACAUUUACAACCGCAAGCAACAGAGGUAGCAUCGGCAGAGGCGGAAUCAGAAUCUAGUGCAACAGCCGGUUCAUCAGCAGAAGCUGAGGGCACAUCAACCGCAGACAAGUCUAUACGUGAAGUGGAGACUUUAGAAUCAGCGGAUACAAACGAUGAUCUAGUCAACAGUCAUAGUCCAACUAACACCGAAAAUAGUUUUAGCAACGAGAGUGAAACGAAUCAAAUACCCAUUUCGACUGUAACGUCAGGAACGCUGAAAUCGGCAAUAACAACAGAAGCAGAAGCAGAAGCAAAAGAGACAGUGACAGCCGUUGCACAGCCCUCGACGUCCACAGUGCCUGCGAGUGGCACAGAGGCGACGAAAGAGACGAUUUCACCGCCUGCCGUUGACAGACAGUCUAGUAAUAGCGGCAGUGCCGAUCAGGGUCAUGUACUUGAUUUUGAAUCUCAUUUGAUAGAGACGUACAACGAGUAUCAAACACCCGACGAUAGUGUUGGUAUUAACGAAUUACAACCUCAGCAAAAUGAACUGACAGUGGGUACGUCGAAAGUGGAGACGCAUUCGAAUGUACGAACAGUUAUUGAAGUGGAACCAGCCGGGGCAAUAUCGAAGAAACCUAUUGAAAUAGUAGUGCAGACGAGUCAAUCACAGCGUAUUGAAUCUGGCAUUGAAGACGCUGACAGCAUAAAAGUUGAGCCAGAUAUUGAAGUGAAAGCUUGGGACAGAGUGGAAAAAGGAACGGAAACGGAAACAGAAACGGAAACAGUCACGGGGGUAGAGCAGGAAGCAGCCGUCUUUAAAGAACAGUGGGUGCCAAGUGACGCAAUUAAAGAGACCGCAGAGAGGUUAGUAAACGAAAUUGAACGUGAAGUGUUAGAAGCACUGAAGAGGUGUGAAGAAGCAAAAAACGAACUGAAGGCUGAGCCUGAGGCUGAGACAGAGAAAGCCACUGAGAUAGAAGCCGAAACCGCACAAAUACUUAGCAACAAGGUAGUCUCAGAACAAGAUCAAAAAGAAGAAAAGACUGAACAAACUGCAUCAUUACUAGAUGAAAUAAGUAAUACACUAUCACAAAAGGUCGACGCACAAUUGUCGGAAGUUACAAGCAUACUAAAGUCAUCGAAACCAAGUAACGGUGAAGCCUUAAAAGCUGAUGCCGAUCAAACGAGACACAACGAGCUUAAAAUUGUGAACGUGCCUUCACCAAAAACCCCAUCGGACGAGCAUGAGCGUCAGCUGUUUCUGGAAUCUUUACCUCAUAUUAAUAGUAACGCGGAGGCGCAAAAACUUGUCGAUGAUUGCAAACGUGAAUACUAUCAGUCACUGAAGAAGUAUCUGAUACAAAGUCCCAGUGAUCGCCCACCAGUUCCAUUGCAGACGUAUAAGUGGGAGGAUCUGCGGCGCGCAAAGGAAAGGGGCGGUUAUCCUUGGACCCAUUUAUACAAACGACCACUUGGACCAGAUGAGGAACCGGAAAUUGUUUUGCUUUUGCGCAAAUCACAAGAAUUUCGCUUUGUUUCGGAAUCACCUAAAUCUUUGAAGAAGGUCCGUAUUGACGAACAAGUUGUUGUAAAGCAACCCGAACGUUAUAUACAAGAACUUUCGGAAGGUGAAGAAGACUAUCUACAAUCUGCACCAGAAGACGAAGAAACGCACAGCUUACGCAGCGAAAGCAUUUCAUGUGUCUCGGACUCGGUACUGGCAACUGGAAAACCAAGAAAAUCUACACGGUUGGAGAAAAUUCGUGGUUACCUCAGGCGUCGGAAAGGCGGACGUACUAACGAAGACGCACAAUCACUGCCUUGCGCAUCGACCAGCAGUAGUCGACGACAUAGCCAGGAAAAUUUAGCAUCGCCAAAUCCACAGAUACUUAUAAACGGCAAAAACACAGAACAGAAGCAUUGCUAUCCCAUUAUGAAGAAAUUAAAAAGCAUGGCGGACCGGCAGAAGAAGCGUCUGAAUAUACGUCGCAUUCAUUUGGGCAAGGACGAGAAGAUUGUACUCGGAGAAGAAACAAAAAUCCUCAAACUAAAAAAAUCCCCAAAGGCAGAACGCGGUGAAAUACCUCACUUCAUAGAAAAACAAGAUUCUGACGACGUUCUAGAAAUAAUGGAAUUGGAUGAGUCACCAAGUCGAAAGCGAAGAGAUGACAAUAGACAAGAAGACGAGAAUUCUCUGAAAGAUAGCAAAGUACAUUUGGAGACAAAUCAUUCAGAAGCGGUUGACAUUGUUGUUCCCGAUGAGAUCAUAGAAAUACCCGACCUGCCGGAGAAUAACAAAGACACACCUACAACAAUAGAUGCAGCAAUAGUAAACGAGGCUGAGACACCGACAGAACCAAGUGAGGAUACAACUAUUUCAAAUGUAAUUGCCAAUACCGUGCCAUCACCAAAGAAAGCACCACGUCUCCGACGGGAACAUGUAUAUGAAGAAAUAGAAUCGGAAAUUCAGCCAGAAUCUUUGACUCAGCCUACGGUUACGGACGGUGGCAUUCUGGAGCCAGGUGCUGUUGAGGCACUCAAGGAAUCCUUGGCCAAACAGAACAGCUCUACCUUGAAACAUAUUGAAGAGGGGGUAAAAUCUCUGCCGCUUGAUCGAAUGGGUAGCAGCGAGGAGGAGCAAAUUGCAGCUGCCAGCGCUGCUGGAACGUCAGCAACGGAUAAGCCAACGAUGAACUUACUUGCACCGCUAUCGUCAAUCGACUCCGCCUCAUCUGACGAAGAUCGCAAUCGAGCGCAACUAUCUCCAGUAACGGAGGAAAGUGACGCGACAAGUAUUGUCGAGGAUAAUCUACGCAUCGUCGAGGACAACGAACCAAUAGAUCUGAAGCCAGCCAUCAAGAAGGAGGCAUCACCAGCGCCGUCCGACAAAAAAGUAACAUUUUCGCAUGUCGAAGAUGAAGCGGAACCGCAUCGCGAAGAUAUCGAAUUGCCAAUGGAAGUCCAAGAAGCCACACAAGAGGCUGCUCUGCGAAAAAAGUGGACGAAUAUGAGUGAUCAUGAAUACGAACCGAUCGCAUCCCCUCCGAGUGAAGAAAUCACCUCAACGCAGCAGUCUGAAAUAUCAAAUCUUUCCCGGAAUAUUGAGAAGUUGCACGAAGAAAUCAAAGAGGCAGAAGAUCUUCAGCAAGAUUUGGAGGAACGUUAUUUAAGUUCAGAAGCCACAACUCCUCGUACGGAGUCACGUACUGAUUAUGACAUACACACUAGUCAGGUCGAUUCAAGUGCCUUGGAAGAGCUGCCGUUAAAGUCAGAAAAUCGCAAAAAAGGCUUUAUGGCCAGCGCACAGGAUCGCACUCGCAAAAUGCAGGCUGGUAUAAAGAGUCAGGCCGGCAAAAUCAAAACAAAGUUGCGUACGCCUGCCAAGAAACCGGCAUCAUCGAGUCCAAAAGCUAAAGAGCGCAAGCGAUUUAAGGCACCCGAGUUCUCGAAAAUUAAAAUGCCAGAAAUUAAACGUCCUGACAUGUCGAAACUUAAAGACUUCAAACGUCCAGAAUUCACGAAAUUCAACAAACCAGAUAUGUCGAAAUUUAAACUACCCGACAAAUUCUCUACACUUAAACUUAGAAGGAGUAAAUCUUUUAAGGAAAAUGAGGGUCAGGACGAAGAAUUGGAGACAGAUACCACACCUGCUACGCAACCACAGAAGAAAAUGUUCGAAUUCAAUUUCGGCACCUAUCCAAGAGCAUUCCGCAAGAAGAAGCCUGUAGAGUCGCAAGCAUCAGUUGGACCUGAAACUCCCACUGAAGGUGUGAGUGUGAUUCCGAGCACUGAAACACAACCAUCUCUUGAAUCAUCUAGCUCCCCACAGGGAGAUCGAGGUCCGGGACCUGUGCGCUCACGUUGGGCCGAUAAGUUCUCAGACGUAAGCUAUAAUGAUAGCGAAGGCUCCCGUUACCGUCGCUACGGAAGCGAACAAGAGAGCUUUGACCGAGAAUCGUCACUGGAGCGGCGAAUGAAGGAUGAUUUAGAAGAGACUGAAAGCGAACCACAAGAAUUAGGAAUAAUGGGCGGCGUUGCUGAUACAAAACAAUUUGCUGAGUUUGAUGAGGAAAACCGAGCUAUACACGAAAUUUCCAAAAUGCGUGCUGGAGAAUUCAGGAGACGCCCCAUAGUUCAUCAAGACUCUGAUCUUCGAUCAGAAGAUAGUAAAGAGGUAGAGGGAUGGACAGAAAAAGAAAUUGAAAAGAACAAAUUGUUGCGCAAAGCUGAGCUAGAGGCAGAAGCGAGUUAUUUGAAAUACCCCUCCGACGAUGGAUUGCCACAGGAAACCCAGUCAACUGCCAGCUCAGGCAAAAAAGUGGUAAUGGAAGAAAUCGACGACGAUGAAUUUUUCUUACGUAAGCGAGGAAUCUCCGAAGAUAACAUCGAAUUACGGCAGUACAUAAGUAAUGCCAUACGUGAAGGGUACGAUAGACCAAUAAAUGCCUUGGAGCAUGUAGGACAAACCAAUGAACAAAUGGAGUAUAGGGAUUACGAUAUUCCACCACCGAAACCAAAGCGAUUACAUAAAAGCUCCCGACCACAAGAUAUAUCACAAGAUAUCGAAUCCCAGCGCAGCGAAUACGGCGAUGACCUUUCUUUGUCGCAAAAUGGCAGUGACUUCUUUACUGCUCCAAAACGUCCAUUGCGAAAAGGGCGCAGCCGCAGCAAAUAUUCAAUGGAUAGCCAAGAUUUUCCGGUCGCAGAAAACAUACGUCACGAGUCGUAUUUUGAUGAUGACGAGGAAUAUUUGCGCCCACCACGUAACAGUUACAAAAACAACGAUGAAGAGGAAAUGAAUGACUUAAACAUCGUCGGUAAACAAGUUUUCCCAGGGGACAUUGAGGGUGUCAACGAUGGAGCGCCGAUACCACAAGCACCACGGCGCCGAAAACGGGACACAAGUGACAAUUCAAUGGAUAAGGAUUCGUAUAUGAAUGGUUUUGGUGGUCGUUCGGUAUCAAAUAGUCGUUUACAACCAACCGAAGAUGUAAUAGUUUAUCGCACUGAGCAUGAAUAUCCUAUUUCUCUUACUUCACCUGAGAAAUUCACACCCACAAUGGAGAGCCGAAAAUCCAGACCGACUUCCAGAUUUGAAGAAGAAGACCGAACUUCGCAUGAAGCCGAAUCAAUGAGAUUUGAUGAAAAUGGUGAGCCACAGGGAGACAAGUUUAUUAUCGAUAUGAUGGAGAACGAUGGUUAUGCGAUCGUACGGAAGGAACAUUUGCCAAAACCAACACCACCAGCUCGCAGAAAGAAAUUUUCACGAUCGCCAGGUGAACGUUUCACUACCAUAUCUAGUGGAUUUGCCAAGGACCGCACACCGCCGCCGCCAGAGCGACCACCGCCGCCGCAGGCAUAUACCCCGUCCACAAUGGAGGAACCAGUGCCACCCCGACGAAAGUCAACUUCUAGCGUAGAUAUGACGCCGCAAAUACUGGAUGACGAUUAUGAAGAGCCGGAAGCGUUGCAACAGGAGCGUCCGGAAUCACCACGUGAUUUGCAAUCCGGAGAGAUUAUAAACAAAAUGAAAUUCCGACCAUUGCCACCUCCUCCUCGGCCGCCGCGCGAAAAGCGCCAACGCACCGAAAGCAAAAGUUUGGCGCACAGUGCGUUCAGUUCGCUGCAUGACCGCGAUAUCGGUGAUGAAAAAAUUGCCACAUCCUCCACUGCUGAUAGUUACGAUCCGACCGAUGUUGAUUUAGAUGAGGAAGAAACGCAUAUACCUGAAGUUGAAGUUUCCACACAGACAGACCCUUUGCCGGACGACUUUGAAUGCGAGGAAUUCGAAAUUACCGAUGAUAUGAGAAUUAUUGAACCGCGCAUAAACAGCAUGAGAAAAACGUUAGAUGAGUUAUUGAGAGAAGAGGAGAUGAAAUCUAAAGAUUCUGAAGAGUCUGCACCUCAGCUCACCGAAGAAGAGCAAUUGGCGCGCGGAUUACAACGAUUCCGCGAUGCUAACCAACGAAGCAUGUCAGAGCGAUCACGCGCAUCCUCGCAAGCCGAUCGAUCCAAAUCUCAAAGUCGCCCACAGACACCCUCUGCCGUGGUUAUUGAACGACGCGUGUCAACGCCUAUACCUAGCCAACAAAGUGAGACAAUGCUGGAAGCGUCGCUAAUUGUACGACCAAUUGACGACCUAGAUCUUGAAGAGGAAGAAUUACGCAGAGAAGGCCUUCUAACCGAUAGUUCACAACAAAGUAAGUCCGAUGUGGAAGCAACCUCUCAUGAAGAAGAGGAAGAGUCAAAACAUGCACUUAGCGACUAUUCCAUAGGCCCAAGCUCUGAAGAACUAAAUGCUGCACUUGAUGAGCUACGCGCUCAAGGUGAUAGUAACUAUGAAGAGGAAAAGGUUGAAAGUGAGAAGGGCGAAACAAAUGAAUAUGAUUACAAUGAAAAGAUUUCAGACGAAGGUACACUUGCUUCAAAUUAUGCUAAUUACUUAGGAGAAGAAACGUCAGGGAGAGAGGAUGAGGAUGAGCAACACGAAAGAUACGAAUUACUAUCUGAAACCAAAGAGAUGGAAACGCUUCCAUCUGCUUCUGAAGAUGAGCAGAAAUUAAGUGAGAGCGAAAGUGCACCAAUAGAAGAACGGAACCUUGUACAAGAGAAGGUGGACGUUUACGAAGCUGAAGGUGGCAGCCUAGACUAUAAAUUGGAUUCAACGAACAUUGUGGCAUCCGAGUGCAUAGAGGAAAACAAAGUUGUCGAAGAGCCACCAUUACCCCCGCCGCGCCGCAAGUCAACAACAACAGUUGAUAUACCGCCCACACUCACUUUAUUGGAAGAAGCUUCAAAGGAAUUAACACCUGUGCCAUCGUUGGUACCUGCGGCAGCGGUAGCAAUAUCCCCUCAACCUCAACUUCCCGCGCACUUAGGAGAACUUGAGGUUGAACGUUUACGUGUGCAUGCACUUCAAGCUGGCCAAAUUAUGGUUGCACAGCUCCAUGGCACGCAAAUAUCGGCCGAAGAAUUGGAAUGCAAAUCGGGAAAUUUGAUUGUGAACAAUAUUGCUUUACCGGAAGGCUUCAUUGAAGAUAUUGUAGGGCGCGUGCGCAGCUGCGACCGCAGCCAGUUACUCACGGUGGAAACACAAACUAGCUUGCAAGGGAGUGCCGAAGCGAUAUCUGCCGAAGAAAGGUCUCCUGUGAAGGAAGUUAUCCCGCCUCCAAAACCGCCACGCCAACGUGACUUAGAAACAGCCAAGCGAACGACCGGUGCUUUCGACGAAAUCGCUCUUCAACAGCUAAGAAACUACGAUGAAGAGACUCAAACUGAUCCGGCGUCGUUCCCAACUAAUGUCAACGUCCCACCUCCAGUAUACACCACGACCGAGUAUCUGCAAUCAUUACCGCCCUUGGGUUUCUAUAAUUUACGACGGGGCGACGAGCAACCAUAUAGCGGCAGUGGCGAUGGUAAUGAAGCCCCCCAGCAUAGGAGACAUCACCAUCAUCAUCAUCGUCAUCAUCGCAGAUGCGACUCGUCUUGUUCAGAAUGUGAAGACUAUGAUGACUUGGCAGAGAGGGAAGAAACGCGCUCUCGUUCACAUAGCAGACGCUCCCGCAGCAGUACACGCCCACCUCCCGAGCAACAAACUGUAACAAAGGCAGGCAAGCAAUUCAUAUCAGCUUGCAGUUUGUCGAUUGUUCAAAUGAUAAACCGUUUAACUGCCGCAAUUCGAGGCGGGGAGCCAGACAAAAAUAUUGAAGCGCAAAUACACCAUAUUCCGACAUUGGUGGCCCUUUUCGUUGUCAUAUCGUUUACAUUGAUUGUAUACAUGCUUUCGGGCAAAAAUGUGCACACUCAUCAUUGGGACUUUUUCAACCCACCAGGGAAUGGGCCACGUCAGUCAUAGAAUUAUGUGGGUCAAAUAUUUUUUAGUUCCUGUUUUUCCAGAGAUCGAAUAAGCAAUGCCCACACCAAGCCAGUGAUAAGAGUUUUUUGCAUUUUAUGUUUUGGUGAAAAUUCUAAUAUGAAAUGGAAUGGCCACGGGCUUAUCUAAAGAUAAUCUAAAAUAUCAAACCUUAAGUGACUGAUCUGAGACCGGUAGGAAUUGAGUAUGAUACGGCGAUCUCUUUUUUAAUGAUUUCGGAAAGAAAGCUA